GAAACUAUUCGAACAGCAUUAGCCAUGGGUGCCGAUAGGGGCAUUCAUGUAGAGGUGCCAGCGAAAGAAAUGGAAAAAUUAGAGCCACUUCAUGUAUCCAAGAUUUUAGCCAAAUUAGCUGAGAAGGAAGGAGCAGAACUUGUUAUUGUUGGUAAACAAGCUAUUGAUGAUGACACUAAUGCUACAGCUCAGAUGACUGCUGCUCUUUUAGACUGGCCACAAGCUACUUUUGCUUCAAAGAUUGAAAAGACAAAUGGUGAAAUAGAGGUGGUCCGUGAGAUAGAUGGUGGUCUAGAAACUAUCAAGGUGAAAUUACCAGCUGUAGUUUCUGCAGAUCUGCGUCUCAAUGAACCAAGAUAUGCAACGUUGCCAAAUAUCAUGAAAGCUAAGAAAAAGAAGAUUGCCAAGAUGAAGCCUGCAGACCUUGGAGUGGACACCACACCUCACUUCGAUGUAGUAGAUGUCUCAGAUCCUCCUGCAAGAGCUGCUGGUAUAAAAGUAGAGGAUGUGGACACACUGAUUGCAAAGUUGAAAGAAGUUGGACGAUAAUAGUAGAUACUAGCAUUCAUAACCUAGGUAA